GUCUGUCAGGGGCUGCGCUGGCAAUGUCGUGUUUCUGCGUUACUCAGCACAGACAACCAGCUGCACUCCUGUUUGGAGGAAGAUCGCGGCCGGAGACCGAGACACACCUCCGAGCUGCGCUGAGCUGCACGGUGCUGCUGCGUUGCAUGUGACUCACUCCGGCACAUGAUUACUAGGCGUGUUUACCUGAGGGAGCAGCAAGGCAGCAGCGGCAGUUUGGUGGCGUCAAGACAAUCAAAGAAAAGCAGUGAAAUAUCACAAGUGUCGGUCGCCAGCUUAAUGUCAGUUUUGGCUUGAGCGCCCAUUCCCUGGACUGGAUGAGUUAAAGGACGAGUUCUACGGGGAGAACAAGUGCUGCGUACUCUUUGCACAGUGAAAGAGAUGAUAAGGUCAGAAAACAUCGUGAAGAACAGUUAACAGGCAUCUGAUUUUACCAAUGUCUUUGAGAAAUUAAGCCGGCUGUUGUACAGGUGAAAUGGAAGACCUGGAGAUUGAGCGGUUAUGCCUUGCCUUAUUGGAUGCAGCAAAUGACAAGGAUUCACUUGUCCAAGAGCAAGUAAGGAAGUCUUUGCUCACACUGGGUAAUCAUCAGCCUGAUAAGAUACUCACCAUGUGUCAGGACUACCUCGUUAAACACCACAAGCUCAUUCUAGGGCACCGCAUUGUCAUAUUGCAAACCAUUGAGAUGGUGGUUACGAGUAAGAUCGAUACUGUCAGUUACCCAAAAAUAAAGAGCAUGAUUUCUUUAGCUUCAGAUGAAAUGACCAAGUCAAAAGACGUAGUGCCUGAUUGGCAGCAGGCAGCUAGCAACAUUCUGGUGUCAAUUGGAAACAAGUACAUUAAUGAUAUUAUGGAGGAGAUACUGAGCAAAUUUCAGCCAGGAAUCCUGCCCCACUUCUUUGUGGUUCAGACUUUGUCCAGUCUCUCUGAGUCAAAUGUCUACGGUAUGGUUCCCUUCCUCAAUGCAAUUCUCGGUACCAUGCUGCCCAUGCUAGGAAUGGCAAAGCAAGAUAAUAUGAAGUGGGUGUUUUCAUCAGCUCUUGGCCAUUUUAGUGAGAGCAUUUUAGAAUACCUUGCAAACCUGGACAAGGCUCCUGAUCCCACAGUGAGAAAGGACACAUUUUCCAGUGAGAUAUAUGCUGCUUAUGACAUGCUGUUUAACAACUGGCUGCAGAACAGGGAGGCUAAGUUAAGAUUGACUGUUGCGGAAUCUUUAGGACCGAUGGCUCAGCUAAUGCCACAUGACAAACUGGAGGAACAGCUUCCCAAACUGAUACCUGCAGUUCUGUCUCUUUAUAAAAAAAACCCCGAACACUACAUAAUUAGCAAGAGCCUCUGUCAGAUUUUGGAAGCUGCAGUAAACAUGGGUAGUCGGGUUUUGGAAAUGCAACUUGAUAACCUAUUAAGUCAUGUACAUCAGCAGGCCUGUACUCCAGUUGAUUAUACUAACUUACCAACUGUGAAGAAUCAUAAUGAAAUACUCCGUUGCUUCAGUAUUUUAGCUACCACCUUUCCUGACCGUGUUUUGGUAUUUAUUUUACAAAAACUUGACAAUAGCAAUGAACGCAACAGAAUGGGAACUUUGGCAAUUUUGCGUCAUCUCAUCAAUUCCACACCAUCCAUUAUGGAAACAAAGAAGUCCCUUGUUCUGUCCUCAAUAAGGCAGCCAUUACAGGAUAGCAGUAAUAAGGUUAAGAAAAUGGUGCUUCAAGUGAUAAGUGCUAUGGCCCAUCAUGGGUACCUGGAACUAGAAGGAGGAGAUGUUUUUGUACGAUAUAUCAUCCAACACUGUGCUCUACCUGAUGACAUCAAUCGUACAUUUAAACAGACUGAUCCAGAAGAAAUUAGCAAUGAAUCUCUUCGAAGUAUGUGUGAAAACACACUUCACCUUUUUACUACAACUGUAGGUCGGAUGACUGAUGUCCUGUGGCCAAAUCUGCUGAGUUUUCUGACACCAGUGCAGUAUACCAAUGCAAUGACGCCUCUCUGCAAGAGCUUGAUUUUGCUGGGAAAUAAAAAGAAGUUAGCCAAAGAUGAAAAUUUCAUCAUCAAUUUCAAUGAACAAGUUAAUCUUCCAUCACCAUAUGUGCUUCUGACAAGGCUUUUGGUGAAUGCAUCAUUUCCAUUUCGAGGGAGAGGCCGUGGAAUCCCAUCUCUCAACCUCCUCAAUGUAAUGGCACCCAAUAUACAUCCAGAAGCAGAGAAAAGCUGUGAGACAGAGAUUCCAGAUUUGGUUAAGUACCUCGAAGAAACAACUGAAGAAACUAUAGAUGCUAAAAAAUGGGAAGAUUGUCUGCUUGAGUUCUUGUCCAAGACCCUUGUUACAAUUUCAGAUGACAAAUGGACUAGUACGCUGGCAAUUGAAAUGGUUGGAUAUCUUACAAGCUAUAAUACCUUCUUAGAUGAAAAGAACUUUUUCUACAAGUGUAUUGGAGUGACUCUUCGUCAAUGUUACAAUAAAGAUGUUGUAAGAAAACAGCUACAGGAAAUUCUUUUGACUGCACGCCAUAAUGACUCCCUUGAGAGAGAGGGAAUUGCAGCGGGUAUUGGAUUGUGUGCCUCUAAGCACCUUGAUGACUCAUUAGGAAAACUUGAAGAUUUUGGAAAGUCUGAAGCAUUUAAAAAAGCAUCAGGCAUCUUUGGUCUUCUUAAGGACAAAAAUGAUGUUGAUAUUGAGAAGAUGAAGAGCACUCUAAUUUUGUGUUAUGGAAGUGUAACAUUGUUUGCACCAGAGGAUCAAAUACUUGGAAGAAUUGAACCAGAUAUUCUUCGCAAUAUUAGCAAGCAUUUCAAUACAAAGGUUCUUGGGAUUAAAGUAGAGACCAAGGAUUUGACUAUGAAACUGAGUCUUAUUAAGAGUAUAGGUCAGAUUGCACAGGCCAUAAGCAUCUGCACGCAAAGACAAAGCUACAAUUUUACUCGAAAGCAGGAACUUUUGGGUGUCAUGAUGGAUUUUAUCAAGUCUGAAGCAGCAGAAUCUCUGAAAACUCCUGUUCGUCAGCAAGCAAUGACCACAUGUUCCCACUUGGUAAAACUUGAACCCAUCUUAAAUGAAAAUGAAAACUUUAGCAUGAUUGAGAAUAGUUUAAACAGUGUUUUUAGUAUUCCACCACUAGACUCUGAAAAGACCAAAGAUGAAGAACUGUUGGAUGUACAAAACUUUGAGACACUGUAUGCUGACACAUUCACUGCACUUCAGGAUUUGUUAAAAAAUGUACUUAGUCGAGACCUCAGUCCUGAUGGUUUGCAAAACAUAUUUAAGCACAUUGAAAGCUGGCUGAACUCCCCACGAGAAACUGAACGAGAGAAGGCAACAAGAUUAACUUCAGAACUGCUGGAUUUUUACCUGGAGAAUCUAGUUGUUAAGAACAUGGUUACUUUUAAUAAUCUGGGAGCAUUACUUGGACGUUUAGCUCCAAGAUGUUCUGACCCUCACCGAGUUGUACGAAAAGAAGCCAUGGAUUGCAUUUAUACCCUGCUUUACAUCCAGCUGCGUUAUGAAGGAUUUGCUCUUGACUACAAGGAUGAAGGUGUUGAAAGUUUGAUAACACUUCGGGACAAACUUGAUAAUCCUGAUCCUACUGUUUUAUAUCGGACCUGCUCGGAGCUUACAAAGAUAAUUAGCAAACGUCUUCCUCAGCAACAGCUAAGCACGCUUAUCUUCAUGCUAUUUGAAGGACUAGUGGAUUCACAGCCCAAUUGCUCCAGGGCAUCCAGUGUUGUGAUUAACACCCUCUUAAAAACCCGUGGGGCUGGACUGCAGGAGAUGGUUCCUGAAGUUUUAGAAGUUUUACAUAUUCGUCUCCAAGUGAUUACUGAGGAGCAAGUGAAAGUAGCAGUGGGACAGUCAGUUCUUAUAUUGGCCACACAGCAUCUUCAAACGGUUGUGAAUACUUUGAUUUCACACCCACUUCCUUUUGACAACUGGACAUGUGAGAUGUGGCUUGCUCUUGGUGCUGACAGUAAUUUGGCAUCCCAAAUAAUGGAACUAAUAAUAGAAAAACUGAAUGUAAUUGUACCUUACGUGGAAAAAAAAGAGUUCUUAUUGAAGUCUGGUAUGACUAAAGUAGCAACCAAUCAGCCACUAGCUAUGACCUGUGCCCUCAGAGAAAUAAUGCUGAAUGGCAAGAGCGCAGAUGCUGUUUUAGGAAUAUUCCCACAGUUGUUUAGUGCACUUCUAGUGCGUUUGGGGUCAAGUGUUGGGGUCCAGCUCCCAAAAGACAUCAACAGCAAUAGCAUUAAUCAAGAAAAACGUCUUUUCAGCAAACCUCCAGUUUCGUUAGAUGUCAGUGGAGUUGCAGUAGAGGCACUUCGAAUUCUGUUAGCUCGUGCUCAACUGGAUGAUGUCGUAAAACCAUUAGAUGAAGAAGGAGCUUGGGAGAAAAUGAAAGACCCACAGCAACACACUAAAGGCAUAACUGUCUUGGCAAGAGCCAUGGCCAAACACGCAGGACCUCGUCUUCCUGGAAUUGUUGAAAACUUGUGCCCAAGCCUCAGUAACAUCUAUGAAUGUCAGAGAAUUACAGUAACAGCCUUCUUUUCAGAGUUACUUAAUCAUCAUGUUGUGUCAGAACUCAUGAUGAUGGACAUGCUAAUGAACAAUAUGAUGGAAAGGAUAUCUGACCCCUGCAGCACCAUUCGUAUGCUGUCCAUUAGAGGGUUAGGGAAUAUUGCUGUUGGUUCUCCAGAGAAGGUUAACAAAUAUGCCAAAGAGCUGUUAGCUGCUAUGAGCUCAGGAAUGGAGGAAAAGGAUGACCCAGAUAAACAGAUUACUUUGGAGGCAAUGUCUGGCCUUUCCAAGAUUCUUGAUUACUUGGACAGAAAAAAUGUACAGCUUCUUGUGGUCUACAUCUUCAUGAAGAUCAAGCCUUUCUUAGAAAGUGAAAAUGAUGAUAUCCGUUCUGCAGCUAUCACCUUGCUGGGAAAUCUCUCUAGAUUUGGCGCAGGAGAGCCUGUUUUUAAAGACCAACUUCACAAUGUCUUGGUCAGUCUCUUGCUGCACCUUAAUGAUCCAAGCACCGAUGUUGUCAAGGCUUGCAAGUUUGCAAUGCGAGUGUGCGCUCCAGUUGUGGGCUCUGACCAGAUCACAACAAUGUUUCAAAAUCAUCUACAUGAAGAUAAAGGACUCCACUAUGGGGAAUUUAUAAAUGAUUUAACCAAGUAUAUUAUUCAAGACUUUCCUGCCAUGCUAAACUUUUAUCACAUUACUGUUAUACAAUUUUUCAAAAGUAAUUGGCCUGAAGUUAGAGCCAGUGCAGCAAUGUUUAUAGGUUUUUUGCUUGGCAACCUUCCAGAAGAAUAUUUUUCUCACAUGAACAUGGGCAAUAUAACCAAAGGUCUUGUGCUGCUACUGCAGGAUCCUGAGCCACUGGUCCGAGCAAAGGCAGCAGAAGCAAUGGGGCGAUUUAAUCAGUUUUAGGAUUUUAGGCAGCGAAAUUUACAUGCAGUCAGACAUGUCUUUGAUCAUGCAUUCCUUACACACAUGUGGAGAAUGAUUACAUCUUUUUAUAAUGUUUUAAACUAUCUUUCAUUUGAAUAAUCAUUUACAUUGUGACCAAAGACUAUAUUUUCAGUAAAACUUCAUAAUACACUAGCAGUCUGAAAAUACUGUGAGAAGGUAACCAUAAUGUUUAUAUUUUAAAAAUACUAUGUGUUUACCUUUGCUUAGAAGAAAUAUUAUUUUUGUACAUAUGUCACAUGAUAUGUAUGUAUGGUUCUCUCAAAUGUUCAGCUUGCUGUGGACUUUCUGUAAUUCAUGCUGUACAUAAAUUUCAUAUCUUUUCAAAAUCAAGAUGAUACUGUUGUAGAAUGCAACCAUAGAAGCAGCAAUAAGAAAAUAUUUCAAUAAAUAUUUAGAGACUACAUUACAAAAAUAUACCAGUAAGCAGAAUCUGUUUUGAGUAAAAGCAUUCAGAAUGAUACAAAAUAAAUCAUAAACAUAUUUAAAAUACCUCAGUCAGUGUUUAGCCUAAAUGAAAGUAUCAAGUUCCUGGUUUGUCUUCAGAGGGUUUCAUGCAAGGUAUUGGGUUGGCCCUUAUUUAUGUAAAGUAAAUGUAUGGACUUCAGUUAAACAGUCUAGGCUUCCUUUUAAAGAAAGCAGGGAAUGUAAGGUAAAGGUGUCAUAUGCAUUUUUAAGUAGUAUGUACUGUACAUGCUGCCGGUAGCAACUGCCAAAGAGAAAUUGCUUUCUAACAUAUCAGAGUUUAUGUCUAUUAACAGGAAUUCUGUCCCAGCUCAAUUAAAAUAUCCUUGUAGUUGUGCAGUGGUUGUAUUGCAGUUUUGCAAGCUUUUAUUAUUCUUGGACAUUAACAAGAGCUUGCUUUUAAGUCAGGACAACUACUGUAAAACUAGAACAGUAGCAUAUCAAGUAAGUCUCCACCAAACCAACCUUUUCCAUGUAUUUUCACUGUUACAUUUUUGCUUAGUUGGUCCAUUAACCGGCACAUUGUGAAAGAACUGUACCUACAAUUUUGCCAAGUAAAGUAUUUAACUACAUUUUUUCAGUAUAUUCGAUUACUUGGAACAGUUUAUUCUAUUAGUGAAGAGUUAUUGUAGAUUUAUAUUGUAUAUAUGAUAUUAAGAAAUUUUAAGAUCUACAUAUUUUCUGGUGUUGGUUACCACUAAAAGGGAAUGCUACUUAGUGUAUAAAUGCCACAAGUACAGUAUCUAGAAAGUAGAAUAUCAUUUUUUAAUCAUUUAGUUUACUGUGCAGCUAAUCUACAAGGCUGACUUAAUGUAGAAACUAUAUCCAUGAUGUUGGACCAAUUCCAUUGUUAAUCAAAGCAACAUUUCUGCUUCACUGGCAAAGAAAUAAUGUAGGCCAUUUUUACAUUUUGUGGGGCAGGUCAUACCAGUAUAUCAUUAAUUUUUUUUUCAAUUACAUCAGUGAAAUAUUUCAUUAAAGAUACAUCUCAGCUAAUGGUGUCUGUUUCCAGUAAGCAUUGUUUUGUAUUCAAAUAAUUAAUUCUUUCUGCGUUUUGUCCAUUUUAUAAAAGUGGCCUCACCAUGUAUACCUGAAGCCAAUGGUUGACAUCCAAUGAUUGAAGAAGUUCAUUAUUUAUCCUCAUUGAGACAGGAUAUUGUAAGAACCCACAAAAGUUUAUUAUACAGCUGAUAAUUUGAUUCCCCACUUUAAUAAUAAAGGUUAGCACAGAAAACAUUAAGUGGGAAAACCUUCAUUCUCUCUUCAGAACUUGUCAAACUAUCCACAUAUUACGUUUUGCACUGAAUAUUAAUAUACAUGCAUCAUAAAAUGAAUGUAAUAUUGGUCUGCAAUAUGUUACAUGUAUUUACACAAACAUACUUUUUUGACAGCAUUCCAGGAUUGUAUUUUUAUUUCUGCAUUUCUAAGUAUGAGAACUGUUCUCUUGUCCUGUCACACUCUGGCUUACCAAACUGUGUUAUAUUAAAAUGUGCUGGUUGUCCAGUG